AUGGAACGUGCUCGGCGGCUCGCUAACGGGCCAAUUCUCAGACGCCUGGUUUCUGAGACUAAGCACCACCGCCCGAAUGAAUCAAUUACUAGCUCUUCCUCUUCGUCCCCAGUGUUGUAUUCGCCUUCGAGGUAUGUUUCCUCAUUGUCUCCUUGUGUAUUCCAUGGAAAAAGUAGCAGAUCAGAUGUGUUACUAGGGAGGAAUGUGUCAUAUAAUGUUGGAUUCGGUAUUGGGUCUCAAGUUAGAUCAGUAUCAAUCGAGGCUUUGAAACCAAGUGAUACUUUUCCCCGUCGCCAUAACUCUGCAACCCCAGAAGAACAAACAAAAAUGGCUGAAACUUGUGGGUUCCCUAGCCUUGAUUCGCUAAUAGAUGCCACGGUGCCUAAAUCGAUUCGUAUUGAAAACAUGAAGUUUUCUAAGUUUGAUGAAGGUUUAACUGAGAACCAAAUGGUUGAGCAAAUGAAAAAAUUAGCUUCUAAGAAUAAGGUUUAUAAGUCUUUUAUUGGAAUGGGUUACUAUAACACCUUUGUCCCACCUGUUAUUUUGAGGAACAUUAUGGAAAAUCCGGGUUGGUAUACCCAGUACACUCCAUACCAGGCUGAGAUUGCGCAGGGUCGUCUCGAGUCCCUGCUUAAUUAUCAGACCAUGAUUUCGGAUCUUACCGGUCUCCCCAUGUCAAAUGCAUCGUUACUCGACGAAGGAACUGCUGCAGCAGAGGCGAUGGCUAUGUGUAAUAAUAUUCACAAGGGGCAGAAGAAAACUUUCAUUAUUGCUAGCAACUGCCACCCGCAGACCAUUGAUGUUUGUAAGACUAGAGCUGACGGUUUUGAUCUUAAAAUAGUUGUUGCUGAUCUCAAAGACUUUGACUACAAAUCAGGCGAUGUUUGUGGGGUACUGGUACAGUAUCCGGGAACUGAGGGUGAAGUUUUGGACUAUGGGGAGUUCAUAAAGAAUGCACAUGCGAAAGGGGUUAAGGUUAUUAUGGCAAGUGAUCUGUUGGCAUUGACGAUGUUAAAGCCUCCUGGUGAAUUGGGUGCAGAUAUUGUUGUUGGCUCGGCACAGAGGUUUGGGGUUCCGAUGGGGUAUGGAGGUCCUCAUGCAGCUUUCCUUGCCACUUCGCAAGAGUACAAGAGGAUAAUGCCUGGAAGAAUUAUUGGUUUGAGCAUUGAUUCUUCAGGAAAACCUGCUCUGCGCAUGGCAAUGCAGACAAGGGAGCAACAUAUCCGGAGGGCCAAGGCCACCAGCAAUAUCUGCACUGCACAGGCGUUGCUUGCAAACAUGGCUGCUAUGUAUGCUGUCUACCAUGGUCCAGAAGGCCUUAAAACCAUUGCCCAAAGGGCACAUGCUCUUGCUGGGACAUUUGCUGCUGGACUGAAGAAACUCGGGACAGUAGAAGUUCAGGGGCUUUCCUUCUUCGACACUGUGAAAGUUAAAUGUGCUGAUUCCAAGGCAAUUGUGGAUGCUGCUUACAAGAGUGAGAUGAAUCUGCGGAUUGUUGACCAAAAUACCAUCACUGUUUCUUUUGAUGAAACAGCCACCUUAGAGGAUGUGGAUAAGCUGUUUAAAGUUUUCGCAUGUGGCAAACCAGUACCAUUUACUGCUGCAUCUAUCACACCAGAGGUUCAUAAUAUGAUCCCUCCAGACCUUGUAAGGCAGAGCCCUUUUCUGACUCACCCAAUCUUCAACUCGUACCACACAGAGCAUGAGCUGCUUAGAUACAUUCAUAAACUACAAUCAAAAGAUCUUUCACUAUGCCAUAGCAUGAUUCCCUUGGGUUCUUGUACGAUGAAGUUGAAUGCAACAACAGAGAUGAUGCCUGUGACAUGGCCUAGCUUUAGUGAUAUUCAUCCAUUCGCUCCUACUGAGCAGGCUGAAGGUUUUCAGGAAAUGUUCAAAGAUUUGGGUGAAUCAUUGUGUACCAUCACUGGUUUUGAUUCUUUCUCUUUGCAACCCAAUGCUGGCGCUGCUGGCGAGUAUGCUGGUCUCAUGGUCAUUCGUGCAUAUCACAAGGCGAGAGGAGACCAUCAUCGCAAUGUUUGCAUUAUACCUGUCUCUGCGCAUGGGACAAAUCCUGCAAGUGCUGCAAUGUGUGGAAUGAAAAUUGUUUCUGUGGGAACUGAUGCCAAGGGAAACAUCAACAUUGAAGAGUUAAGGAAGGCUGCUGACGCAAAUAAGGAGAACCUGUCUGCCUUUAUGGUUACAUAUCCUUCAACCCAUGGAGUUUACGAAGAAGGCAUUGAUGAGAUAUGUAAGAUAAUUCAUGACAACGGGGGUCAAGUUUACAUGGAUGGGGCCAACAUGAAUGCACAGGUUGGUUUGACUAGCCCGGGUUGGAUUGGUGCUGAUGUUUGCCAUCUUAAUCUCCACAAAACUUUCUGUAUUCCCCAUGGUGGAGGUGGUCCUGGCAUGGGUCCCAUUGGUGUGAAAAAACACUUGGCACCUUUUCUGCCAUCACAUCCUGUGGUAACUACAGGAGGUAUACCGUUGCCUGACAAGAUUCAACCACUUGGUACCAUUUCUGCUGCGCCUUGGGGUUCUGCACUUAUUUUGCCUAUAUCAUACACCUACAUUGCCAUGAUGGGGUCCAAGGGGUUGACAGAAGCAUCAAAGAUAGCUAUCUUGAAUGCAAACUACAUGGCAAAACGAUUGGAGAACCAUUACCCCAUUCUUUUCCGCGGUGUCAAUGGAACAGUCGCUCAUGAAUUCAUUGUCGAUUUGAGGGGCUUCAAGAAUACUGCUGGUAUAGAGGCUGAAGAUGUUGCUAAACGUCUUAUGGACUAUGGAUUUCACGGACCAACAAUGUCAUGGCCUGUUCCAGGCACACUCAUGAUUGAACCUACUGAAAGUGAGAGCAAGGCGGAGCUAGACAGGUUUUGUGAUGCUCUGAUUUCCAUUAGAGAAGAAAUUGCACAGAUUGAGAAAGGAAAAGCAGAUAUUAACAACAAUGUCCUCAAGGGAGCUCCUCAUCCACCAUCACUGCUCAUGGCAGAUGCAUGGACAAAACCUUACUCUCGGGAAUAUGCUGCCUUCCCUGCUCCUUGGCUCCACUCAUCCAAGUUCUGGCCUACCACAGGGCGUGUCGACAAUGUGUACGGUGACCGCAACCUUAUCUGCACCCUUCUCCCGGCAUCACAGGUUGUUGAAGAACAAGCUGCUGCUAUGGCUUAAUCUUCAGUACAACACCGCACUGCAGAUCUCAAAAUUCCUUCAUAUUUUAUAACCUCAUGUAUAUAAAAAGAAAAAAAAGAAAAAACAUGUUCAUAUGCUUCUUUUAUGGAAGCUGACUUUUUAUCUUAUUUUAUAUUCAUAAUCAGCUGCUCCAAUAACAAUUGUUGCUAACUGCAGCUCAAAUGUUGUAAUUAUCAGUUUUUCUUCCUUUAGCUCUAUUUGAUUUCUAAUUUGAGAAGCUACAUAUACCAUUAUUUGUCUAAUCAGAAUUUGAUUAUUUUAUGAACGUAUUCAGUAAA